AACCUUGCAUUGGAGAACCUUGGCAUGAAGGAACUUCCCACUUAACAUUUUACAUCGCAUCUGCUAGUUUAAAGUGUCCUGAAGGAACUUCAAAACUUAAGCAAUAAGUUUUCAUUAUCAAUGUACGUCGAUAAGUUAAUGAUUGUAAAUGGUAAUUAUGAGUUAACUAAAUUUUUAUAAGACAAAUCAUACAUCAUAGGACCAACGUAAUGAAAUCUCUAUAAAUUAGGCCUUAAAUCUUCCUCUCAGAGCAUCACCAACUUACUCCAUUUCAUUUUCACCAAACAAAACCAUACUUCAUUUUCAUUCCCAAAUUCUCUCUGCUAUAUCUCUGCAUGAAAAUGGGGCAGCUCACUUCUUCUAAAAGCACCGUAGUACCACAACAAGAGGCCUCAAAUGCACUUGUUGGAGUACUAGACCCCAAUGAGCCUCUUAGUGCACCCAUUGUUUCCUCCUACAACGAUCGCAUUCGUCCACUUCUCGAUGCAAUCGACAGGCUCCGAGAGCUCAUGGUCAUGGAAGAAGGAAUACAGCUCCCGACCAUCGUUGUCGUCGGAGACCAAUCCUCCGGCAAGUCCAGCGUCCUCGAAUCACUGGCCGGUAUCAGCCUUCCAAGAGGUCAAGGUAUCUGCACAAGGGUUCCCCUUAUAAUGAGACUUCAACACCACUCUGAUCCUCAACCUGUACUUUCCCUGGAGUUCAGCGACCAAGUUGUUCCCACAGAUGAAGACCAUAUCUCAGAAGCUAUAAAUGAAGCCACCGAAAGAAUUGCUGGAAACGGCAAGGGAAUUUCCAACAAUCCCAUAACUCUGGUGGUGAAAAAGAAGGGUGUUCCUGAUUUGACAAUGGUUGAUCUUCCCGGAAUUACCAGAGUUCCAGUUCAUGGGCAGCCUGAUAACAUAUAUGAACAGACGAGGGAUAUAAUCAUGGAGUAUAUAACUCCGGAAGAGAGUAUCAUUCUCAAUGUGUUAUCGGCAAGCGUUGAUUUCACUACCUGUGAAUCAAUUAGGAUGUCGCAGAGCGUUGAUAAAACAGGGGAGAGAACAAUUGCCGUGGUUACCAAGGCAGAUAGAGCUCCUGAAGGACUUCUUGAGAAGGUGACUGCUGAUGAUGUCAAUAUUGGUCUUGGCUAUGUCUGUGUCAGGAAUCGGAUUGGAAAUGAAUCUUAUGAAGAGGCUCGAAUGGAGGAAGCUACUCUGUUCAAAACUCAUCCACUUCUCUCCAAGAUUGACAAAUCCAUUGUGGGCAUUCCUGUUUUGGCGCAGAAGCUGGUUCAGAUUCAAGCGACAAGUAUAGCUCGGAAUCUUCCCGAGAUUGUCAAGAAGAUCAAUGACAAGUUGAAUUCCUAUGUUGCUGAGCUCAGCAGGCUGCCAAAGCAUCUGUCCUCUGUUGCUGAGGCUACAACAGCUUUUAUGCAGAUUGUUGGGCUUGCGAAGGAAUCGCUGAGGAAAAUUCUUAUUAGAGGAGAGUUCGAGGAAUACCCUGAUGAUAAAAAAAUGCAUUGCAGUGCUCGUUUGGUCGAGAUGCUCAACAAGUUUUCUGAUGAGCUUCACAGCUAUGCUGAAAGUGAUCGGACUAGGGACUUUCUAAUGGAUGAGAUCAAGAUUUUGGAGGAAACCAAAGACAUUUCGCUGCCAAACUUCCUUCCCCGCACUGCUUUUCUCAGCAUUUUGCAAAGAAAGGUGAAGGAAAUAUCAGGUAUGCCUAUUGAGUUUGUGGACAAGUUAUGGAAUUACGUAGAACAGGUGGUGAUGAUUGUGUUGAUGCAUCAUGUGGGAGACUAUUACCAGCUUCAGUUAUCGACCAGACGAGCUGCGAAUAACCUGAUAGCCAAGAUGAAAGAAAAGUCUAUCAAAUGGAUGGAGGAGGUUGUGGAAAUGGAGAUGGUGACAGAUUAUACUUGCAAUCCAGAAUAUAUAUCCGAAUGGAAUAAGUUAAUGGCUCAACAGGAUUCGUUCAUAAGUGGAGCCUUCGACGAAAAUCGAAUAACCUGUAGCAUAAAGCUUGAAGGAUUUGGUGACAUUGAAGUUGGACAUCUCAAGCAAUAUGCACAUCUUCUUGAGCAGGCUUUUGAUUUGAGGAUGAGAAUGACAGCUUAUUGGAAACUAGUCUUGAGAAGAUUGGUUGAUUCUAUGGCCCUGCAUUUGCAACUGAGUGUGAAGAACCUUGUUAAUAAGGACUUGGAAUUUGAGAUAGUGAAUGAGCUAUUUGGAAGUAAUGUUGGUGGGAUUGAGAGGUUCAUGGAGGAAUCACCAUCAAUUGCUUCAAAGCGUUCAAAGCUGAACAAGAGCAUCUUGAAGUUGAAGGGGUGUAAAGAUGUUGUAGCAAACAUCUUUGACAGAAUUGUAGCUCAUGCUGAUUAACGAGCUUUGUUUUCUGGGAGAAUGCUAUUGAUAUCCAGGAAAUUGUUCUUGGUGAAGAUAAAACUAUUAUGUAUGAUUUGUAGCCUUUUUUUAAAAAAAAAAAAAAAAAAAAAAAAACUUAGAAUUGUUGGUUUUAGUUGAGUCAGAUCCAGGUGCGGUUUAAUUUGUGUGGGCAUAAUGUUGCUUCUGUGUUUUGGAAUUGUGGGUCUAGUAUAAAAUAAUUGAUGAGAUCUAUUGGCCUAGCCCCAGUGGCUCAUUUUGGGAGUGAGACCUCUAAUCAUGUUUUUAUUAUUAUUAUUAUUAUGAAAGUCCUUUUGUUUUGUUU